UAAAUAUUCUCCCUUUCACCUUCCGAAGUUCCAACGCCGACGAAACAAAAAAUUUCCGGGCUCCCGAAUUCCUCUUUUCUUUCCCCGGCCUCCUUACUCCUCCUGCUAGUUUAUCCGGCCGAAAUCCAUCAAUUUUCCGGCUUCUCCCCGGAAGGAACUCAAUUCACUUGCCUCCGAAUUAUAUAGCAACUUGCUUUGUUCGUCCUCCCGGUGGCGGCGGCGGGGGUUUGAAAUGGCGGGAAUUCGAACGACGGAGUGAUUUUGCCAUUGAUAGUCAACGAGAUUUUGAGCUGGGCUUGGUGGGCAGCCUUCUGGGUUUCGUGGGAGAGGCAAAGGUGGACGCUUUGGGGGAGGUUUUGUCGUUUUUCUUCGCGGUUGUCGAUGGCGAAUCCUCCCGGUACGCAUCUGCAACACCAUAAUCAAGAUGCUACGAAUGCAAAUAGCAACGCUCCUUCUUCUACGCUCAACGGAACCAAUCCGGCCAACGGCAAUCCGGAGAGCUCUAAUUCGGCUUCCCCUUUGAAGCACAACCCCGGGAUCUCCAACGAUUGGACGGCGGAGGAGCAGUCAAUACUCGAGGAUGGCCUAGCUAAAUAUUCAUCAGAGUCGAACAUACUCCGAUAUGCAAAGAUAGCUAUGCAGCUGCAAACUAAGACAGUCCGAGAUGUUGCCCUGCGUUGCAGAUGGAUGACUAAGAAGGAAUCUAGCAAGAGACGGAAAGAUGACAAUUUAGCACGAAAAAGCAAGGAUAAGAAGGAAAAACUUACUGAUGCUUCAACAAAGCCAUCUUCUUUCAUUACCCGAGCUAAUGCUCCUGCAUAUACAAAUACUGUGGUUCCUAUCGACAGUGACGAUGGCAUUUCUUGUAAAACUAUUGGUGGGGUCACUGGGGACCUCCUUGAGCAAAAUGCUUUGGCAUUGAGUCAGAUUACUUCUAAUCUCUCUACAAUGCAGAUACAAGAAAACAUCAACCUACUUUGCCGGACUCGUGAUAACAUCCUCAAAAUUAUGAACAACUUGAAUGAUGUCCCGGAGGUGAUGAAGCAGAUGCCUCCCCUUCCAGUAAAGAUGAACGAAGAGCUUGCCAACACCAUCCUUCCGCGCCCAAACAUCCCCAUGAAAUAGGUACCUGAGGCGAAAUUCAGCUGCUGCAAAAUCUUCUCAGCAUCUCAAAGCCAUACUUGAGCCUCUUUUGUAGUCGCAGUAUAAAAUCGUUUUGUUGAUGGUGGUCAACACCUAGUUUGGUUGGUUGGUUUUCUUCUAAAAGCAGUUCUUGGUAGGAAGAAGAAGACUACUCAGAAUUUUACCUUUUCUUUUCCUGGGUUUGUAGGCAAUUAGGCUUACACAGAAUAAACAAUAAGCAAAAUAUGUGAUCUUGUUGCUAAUCUUCUCUCUUUACCCCCAUUUUGGGGCCUUCUGUGAAUAUGUUGUAGCUUCACUUCUUUUGUCAUUGCAGGAUUAGUGCUUAGUAACUUGGCAUUUGUUCUUUGCUUAUUUCAAGCAAGUAGCCCUUGGAAAGGAAAGAAGAAAGGGUUGUUUUGUUUGAUUAGUUUAUCUGGAUAUUGAGUUUAUUAUGAAUGCUAUAUAAUCAUUUUUUUUGGUCUA